UCGCGAGUCGCGUUCACUGUCAGUUUUGACGACGCAUUCCACGCGUCAUGACGCGUUCCAUUUUUAAAUCGAAUCGCGUAAAUCAUUCGUAAAUUUUAAUUUAAAAAGUUCACUAAUAAAUAAAAAUGGACUUAAAAGAGAUAAUAAAGUGGUUUAUACCGUGUUUCCACGUGCUACUAUAUUAUAGAAUAUAUAAAAUUAACUUCCGUUUGAUUAUUUGUUUGUUUUUACUCUCGCCGUGUCCCAGUUUCGCGGGUAAAGUGUACCAUAGUGACGUUGUUUUAAAUAGUUAUAAUGUAAACAAUAAUACCAAAAAUAUAGGUUUAUUUAACGAAUAUCAAGACCAAGAUCAUGACAGGAUGAAUGCACCUCGAACGUAUAAAAGCUAUGAGGAUACCUCUGUUGGACGAACUUUUGGUCGUCCGUUCAAGAAAAUGAUCCAAGCUAUGAUACCGCUGGCGUUCCAGCUCGGAGCGGCUGCGACUUGGGCGACGGUGGCAGCGCUUGUAGGCGUCAAGACCUUGGCUGUUACUUUGAUCAUACUCAAACUACUGCUGAUCGCAGGUGCUGCAAAGAUCGGAGCGCUGUUCGCUUCCAAAGGCCAUGAUCAUCAUCAGGCAUGGACGCCCCAGCAGAAGGAGAUACACCUGCAUAUACACAAUGGAGGAUUGCACGGUGAUGAGCAAAGUGUUCCUAUCUCGCCAUGGAGCAGAGAGGGACAGAGCCAAGCGGAUACUAAGCAGGUCAACGUUAUUUACGAGUCCUACCCCGGACCUCAAACCAUAAGCACACCAUAUGGACACUACAUGAAAAUCGAACCGGGGGCCCAAGUCACCCAAUGACGAAUGACCAAAUAUAGAUCUUAAGUUAUGUUGGUGGUAAGUGCUGGGUCCACCCUUCCACCAGGUUAUUUACCGAAACAUUUUGUGAAUAGGAUGAGUCAGUGUAAUUAUU